AUGGCGGCAACAACAACCCUACGGGCUAUUACUCAUCGAUUGACUACGACGCCUGUCCAUGAGCUACCCCAGAUCACGUCGUUCCUCGCAAGCUCGAUCAGUGAUUGCGGCGAGCUGUUUUCUACACCACCAGGUCAGAAAGGACCGAAGGGAGACUCGGACAAUGCAGCUCAGAUCCAGAAGUUGAAGACUCGCUUGACGAGCCUGUCGCUCGACCGUACUGUGGAGGGACGAUGGACUGCAGUCGUGCUGGUGAAAGCAGCCGUGGAGGCUGGACAGUGGGAAUUUCUUCGAGGCUGUGAGCCUUUGGUCCGCAACUUGAUCAGUAUCCUGGGAAAACCGGAUCCCGUGUCGACGAGGAAAAUGGCGGUCAUCACUCUUACGCGCAUCUUCCACCUCACCUAUCAAUAUCCUACUCUCGUUCGAGAAAUUACGACGCCGUCUCUGCCAUCUUUCAUCACAGCGACACUGAAUCUCAUCUCGAUUAAGCCGUCUGCGGAACCGAUUCGAAAAUUGCGGUCUAACACCCCGUUCUUGGACAUUGUCUUUCCCGCAUUGAUUGAGUUGGUUGGAAGACACCCAACGAUCUUCCGCCCGUUCUCUGCCCAAAUCCACAGCCUAGUAUUGGCUGUCAUUGGCGGCGCACCAGGGUCAUUUCCUGGGCAUGUAGUGAAGCUGGCAGAGCGAUUGUUCAUCUCUCUGCACAACUGUGCUCCGAAAAAUACCUCGGGUGAUGAAUGGAAGAAUGCUAUCAAGGCGACCAUCGCCGCGACUCAUCGAGCCUCAGAUUAUGUGUUCAGAGCUGUGGUUGAACAAUGGGAAUCUGCUGACCCUGCACUGAGACAGUCUACUGCUACCCAGAACUAUGGUCAGGAGGUCGGAGACUAUGCUUCGGACGCUCUAGGUCUUUCAAGCUGGCACGGACUUCAUGCAGGUGCUGAAAGACUGACAGGUCUUCUGCAAUUACUAUCUGACUUUUUCUCAACACCCACUGCAUCCACUGUGUCUGUUCCAUUGGGCCUUGUUCUCGAUCUAACAGCUCGUCUCACUUUGGUAACUAUCCCUUCUGAGGGUGCUGAUACGGUGGGAACCCAGAGCAACCCGCAGGUCGGCCGGGAGGAACGAGAUGCGCUCUGGGCCGAGCUGCCGCGGAUUCAUACUGCCGUCAUGGGCCUUUUAAUGAGAAUAGUCGACCUGAUGCAGACUAGCAUCGUUCCGGUUGCGCAGACCAUACUAGAACAAGCCCUGUGGGUUUUCCGCUCUGGGAAAUCCAACAGAGCUAUCCGCACUGCGAUGUAUCAAUUGGUUCAAUCGCUGCUGCCUUUGAUCGGACCGACCAUGGCAAAGCAGAACGUAUCAUCUUUGACGAAUCUCUUCCGAGCCUGUUGCUCUGAUAUAUUGCCGCCAGCCGAGGAUGCGAACCCUUCAGCGGCUUCAUCGGCGGAUCCAAAAAAUAAAGCGAAAGCAACCCAGGGCACGGCCAAUGCAGACUCGUUCUUUCACGUCGACGCGAACAAAAACCGUCAAAGCAAGCUUACCUCGUCUUUCCCGGAGCUGCAGCUUGCAGCAACGCAACUUUUGCCUGUCAUCCUUUCCUUUGUGCCCACUGAAUAUCUUGCACCUUCACUGCGUGCUGAGAUCGACCGGACGAUCAUACUGGUUUCAGACAAGCCAGCUAUGCUUGCUAGCGUGUUGAACCCUGUGCCAGCCAUCAAGGGACGUGGGCCAGGCCCGAGCAUCAUUCCCUUCCUGGCGAGAGCACACUCAGCUGAAAUGGACGUGGAGAGUCUGAUCAGACCCAGAAUGCCUGUUCUGAUGUCUACCCCCGAUUUGAACGGGCAGGUGACGAUCGUUGAAGAGGAGGCAGAAGAUGAGGAUGGAGGAGAGAUGGACUACGCUGGCGUGUCUGCCACUUCGGGAACGACACCCACAUUUAUUACGACGACCCUCAAAAGCCAAUUGUCCAAUAUGCCAAGCGUCGCAGAGCAAAAUUCACAAUCUCUUGCCAAGCGAAGUCUUCCUCAAGACACUUCUGUCCAGAGCUCUGCACUACCCCAGACGACACACGUUGAGAGGAAUGAGAAUGUCCAAACAAAGAAAGCUCGCCAUGAAACGGAAGCCCCGACUUUCGCCGCCCAAACAGUUGUCGAAAACACGCCCUCGACAUCUACAACGAGUGUGGGGACUUCUCGUGCGAACCAGCAGCCAGUGGCAACCUCGGCUGUGACUACAAACAUUACAACCAAGCCAGCCGUGUCAAUGACCGCGGCAGCAGUUCCCAACGCUGAAGAUGACAGUGACGAUGAACUGCCUACGCUGAACAUUGACUCUGACACGGAUGACGAAGACGAAGAUGUCAAUAUGGAAGGGUAA